CAGUUGGCUAAGAAACCUAACGGUCCCACCACAAUGACCCACCCGCCCCUUUCCUUUGUCAAGCUGUGAUUGGGUCUUUGAUUAAAAAUUAUGCGCGAACCCUCACUUUACGCAUCUUUGUGCAAAAUACGAACUAAAUGUAACCGUACUUCCUCUAGUAGCCCGCAACCCUCUUUCCCUUCCGUAGAAUCCCAGGCCUCUCCUCUCCGUCAGAUUCUUAGAAAUCCUUUUAUUCUGAUCAUUCGUUUCUCUCUCUCUCUCGUCACACUAUUAUAUCCUUUCCUAUCCGUCAUUGCAUCUUUUUCCUUAAUUUUCUUCCGAGGUAUUCCUUUUUUUUGCCUCUACACUUUACGCUCUUUAUUCAAUCACCUAUUAUCUGCGCGAGGUCGCAAUACUACUCAUACGCACAGUACAGUAUUUCGCAUUGCGUAAAUAUCCGACGACGACGAAACAACUGGGUCUGACAGGAAAAACCCGCGCUUCAGAUUUAAAAUUAAUCUUCCCGUCAUCUCCCACCCACGUUGUCACAUAAAACCUUCAUCUCAAC